AUGGAGUUCGUCGCAGUGGCCGUGGCUGGUCUAGUUGGAAGUUUUUGCUCCACCUUAUCACCUACUACAGAACUAGCAUGGGUGAAUCGGCUAUGUAGUAGAGGCGACAUAGCUUCCGAGCUCGGAUCGUUCCUUUCACCGAACGCGAAUAUUCAUUUUCCCAGAUCAGAGGGGUUUCUCGAAAGCACGAACCGGUGGUCGACGUUGGGUACGCCUAACAUAAGCGUCGUUGUGGAGGUUGCGAACGAGAAUGAUGUUGCAGAAACAAUCAAAUACGCCAAUACCCAUAGCCUGCCAUUUCUUGCUGUUAAUGGAGGUCAUGGUGCAAUCAGCUCCCUCGAGGCUGUAAACAACGGCAUUCAAAUAUGGCUUAAUCAACUCAACUCAAUUUCUAUAGCUAAAGAUGGCUCAACCGCUACUAUUGGGGGUGGGGCACCGUCGAAGCAUAUUACUGAGACUUUAUGGGCUGAGAACAAGCAGACAGUGACUGGUAUCUGCGAAUGUACAAGCCUUAUUGGUCCAGGGCUUGGAGGAGGCCAUGGAGCCCUUCAGGCAAAUUAUCGCCUCGUAGCAGACCAAUUUGUAUCAUUGGAUAUGGUUCUUGCCAAUGGUACCCUUAUUACCGUCGACGAAAAUUCCGAUCUCUGGUGGGGUAUGAAGGGUGCAGGUCAUAACUUCGGUGUUGUCACCUCAAUCACAUCGAAAAUCUGUGAUGUCCCUCACAAUGGUCUCUGGUCAUAUACAAACUUCAUAUUCACUCAUGACAAAGUUGAGGUUCUGUAUGAGACCAUUAACGAGAUGCUCCUACCUGAUCAACCGCAAGAUAUUAUCUCCUUUUCGUUUUUUACGAAUAUUCCAGCCAUCGAUCCCGAAAAUUCUGUCGUCAUAUUCUUCAUACUGCGCGAGGGUAAAGAAGCCGUCGGCUCUGAAUAUACAGAUCCAUUCACCAAUCUUGCAAAAUGGCUUCGAAUGGAAGAGACCUCGCCGCCCUGUCAAAAAGAAGGCAACACUCAGCUCCGCUUCCCCGUGGACCUUCAGGAGUUCAAUCCCACAGCACAGCAUGCUGCUUUUGAUCUCUUCUCUAAAACAGCAAACGAGGCUCCCGCAUUAGCAGCCUCAUUGUUUCUCCUGGAAGGAUACUCGAUCCAAGGUGUAAAGGUCAUUCCGGCCGACUCAACUGCUGUUCCAAAUCGCGACGCGAAUCUUUUAAUUUCCUCAUACCUAGUCUACAAGCCCGAUGGUGAAGGACUGGAUACCAAAGCCUGGGAUCUCGGUGAGAACAUGAGACAGAUCCUUUUCAAGGGCAGUGGGCAAGAGCAUAUGUACUCAUAUGUUAAUUAUGCUGCUGGUAAUGAGGGCCCGAGGAGUUGGUAUGGGUAUGAGCCGUGGCGCUUGGAGAAGUUAAGGGCAUUGAAGGAGAAGUAUGAUCCUGAACAUCGAUUUAGCUUCUAUGCGCCUUUUGAUUGA